AUGGCUCCAAGGACACCAAAACGUCGCACCGUUCAGCAUUUCACGCAUAUCCAUCCACUAACGGAGUUUAACAGCAUCGGUGACUUCAUUUGCGACGGCUGCAAAACCUACGGCUCAGGCAGCACCUAUCGCUGCGAACCAUGCAACUACGAUCUCCACGAAUACUGCGCCACGUGUCCACUCACCCUCCCAACCUUCAUUCAUCCCCACCACGAGCUCAGCCUCGUCGUCCGUAAACAACAGUCCACGCGCCAGAACGAACGCGUGUGCGACAUCUGCGACGAGUCGGUCGAGGGAUUGUUCUACAGAUGCAAGCUAUGCGAGUUCGACGUGCAUCCGCUCUGCUCGCAGCUGCCUCAGCACGUGAGGCACGUGCUUCACCCUGCUCAUCAUUUGGAGUUUCGCCUCGGAGGAGCUAGCCCGUGUAUGGUUUGUCACGGUCCGUGCCAAUCUUGGAGGUAUAGGUGUGAGUUAUGUAGGUUCGAUAUUCAUAUGGAGUGUAUAUUAGCCGUGUGCAACACGUCACCUUCUGACCAGACUGACGCAUCGGGUACUCAAAGCAGAGGGCUCAAGCCACAGGGAGGACAACAAUCAUCAUCGGCACCGUGGCAACAACCGCACGUUGGUUACCCGUAUGCGUAUGGAUCGAUGGGUCAACAACCACAUUUUGGCUACCCUUAUUAUGCGCAUGGACCGAUGGGUCAACAACCUUAUAAUCAUCCUCAUCAUUUUAACAACUUUAGUCACAUGAAUGGGUUCAAUAUGAAUCCGGGUCGAGUACCAGCGGCCGGAGCGGGUCAAAAGCCGGGUCGAAGUAAGGGCUGGAGAAUGUUUACUAUUGCAUCGAAGCUAACAAUUGGGGUGGUUUCUAAUGUACUGUUUGGGGUUUCCAUUGAAAGUCUCUUUGCGUGA